GGUGAAGCAGUGGAUAGAACACUUCUAAACCAUCUUUUGAAGAUGUUCACAGCACUGGGAAUAUAUGCAGAAAGCUUCGAGAAGCCAUUUCUUGAAUGCACAUCUGAAUUUUAUGCUGCUCAAGGUAUGAAAUACAUGCAGCAAUCAGAUGUUCCAGAUUAUUUGAAGCAUGUGGAGACAAGAUUGCAAGAGGAACAUGAUAGAUGCCUGAUCUACUUGGAUGCGAUUACUAGGAAGCCGCUGAUAGCCACAGCAGAAAAGCAACUUCUUGAACACCAUAUACCUGCCAUUCUUGAUAAGUUUGAUCACAGUAUAAGUGACAAUAUUGGUGAAAAUGAAGGUGGAAUUGGCGGACAUGUUCUUUGUGCAAUUGAUAUUCUAAGUUUUAGAUUUGUGAUCAUAUUAGCGGAUAACUUGCGACAAGUUAGGUUCGAAGAAAUUCCUCGCUAA